CACCAGACGUGCCGUGCACUACGUCGUGCGAGAGCGGGCGAAGGAUGACAGUUGGCAGACAUCCGAAUGGAACGUCAUUGGAAGGACCAUGCUGGACACCGCCGUGCCGAUAAAGAAUCUGACAGCAAACUCCACGUACCAGUUCGAGGUGACCGCGGUGCUGCCUGAUGGGAAGACUGGCGGCCCGGCCCGGGGAGACUGGAUCACCACCCUGCCGGCCAACGUCGCGAUCGGAGGAACAGCCAGCCCUCCACGUGACCUCAGAGUGGAGAGUAAACGCUUUCAGAACGGCAACGUCAGCGUCACCAUCGCCUGGACUCCGCCGGAAGAACUGCCGUGUGAGUACAAUCUACACCUGCUGCCAGAAACGGCAAUAGCCGACACACGAUUCCGGAUUGAUAAGGAGCCACUAGACUCUCGGAGAAGAUUCACGUUUCACAACCUGACAUUUGACAGCAAUUACAUUGUAUUCAUGCGUUCCACCUUCUAUGAGGGUAGGAGGGAGAGCAGUUUGGCGACGAUGUCGUUCCAAACGCCGCGCUGUCUGGACGUCUCCUCCUACAACUUCAGUGUUUGUGCCCCCGAGGCCCCGCAGAACUUGACCUACCGCCUGAUAAAUAACACCGCGGUGAUAUCGUGGCUCCCGCCCGUCAAGACGUCCCUGACGAACCCGGUGUCCAGUUACGUGGUGUUGGUUCGGCAGGAGGUUCAACCUGCCAUGGACGGCACCCUACUGUCUACACAGGCCACGCAGGAGAUAGUUCCAGGGAGCCAAACGAACUUUUCCAUCCACGACCUGUACCCAGGGGCUGUCUACCUGGUUUCCAUUGCAGGAAGGACACCUGGCGGCACCGGCGUGACUAGCAGCACUCUUUACAUUCAAACCUUAGCAGGUCUGUCUGAAGAAGAACCCGUCGAGAAGCCGACGACACCCGUCGAGAAGCCGACGACCACCAGUUCCGUGAGCCCGGCCUGGCUGAGCGGUGCCAUCCCCGUGUUGCUGCUGCUGGCCGCCCUCACCACCUGGGCAGCCAGGCGCACUUACCACAAACACGGCGGAUCCUUCUUCAAAAGACAACAUCGCCAAGAGAGUCCGCAGCCGCUCUUCCCGGAGUCUCCAGUGUUCCACGGACUCCGUCACGACCACUGCUUCCUGCUCCAGAACAGGUUCUACAGCGAGACGGACGUCCUGUCGGGCGAUCACGACGAGUAUGAGAUGGACUUCAGCCAACUGGAGUUGGAAGAAGUGAUUGGAGAAGGAGCCUUUGGUAAGGUCAUACGGGGCAAGGCACGUGGCCUACCGACCAUGCCUAACUCGCCGAUCGCUACAGUCGCAGUUAAAACUCUCAAAGAAAACGCGACCGGUGUUGACCAGACUAACCUGUUGGCUGAGAUAGAGUUGAUGAAGCAGAUCGGAGCGAACACGAACAUCGUCAGUAUCCUGGGCUGCUGUACCCGCCGGUCACCUGUCUUCCUGGUGGUGGAGUACUGCCCAUUCGGCGACCUGAAGAACCUGCUAAGGAACAUCCGAGAACAGAAAGAGUACGAGGAGAACGAACAUCCCCUGCUGGGUAUCAAAUGUCAGGCCAUCAACGCUUCAAACAUGGCCAACAACGACGAGGCCUCCUUCGCGCCAGUCACGGUGUCGUCACUGGUGCCCAUCUUUAACCCGGCGAGUGAGGGUAACCCUUCCUGCGCAGGAGGAAGAGCGAAGGACGAGAAUCUGGACAGUGGAACCAGCAUGGAUCUAAGAGAUGUCCUGGACGUUCUGCCGACCGACCUGCUCUCGUUUGCCCGGCAGAUUUCAACGGGGAUGGAAUACCUCGCUUCAAAGAAGUUCGUCCACAGAGAUCUGGCCGCGCGUAACGUCUUGGUAUGCGAAAACAAAGUGGUGAAGAUCUCGGACUUCGGACUCACGCGAGACAUCUACGAGAACAGCGAGUACCGGAAGUUGACGGGGGGUAAGCUUCCGGUGAGAUGGAUGUCGCCUGAAGCUAUCUUUGACCAAGUGUAUACCACCCAGAGUGACGUGUGGUCCUUCGGAGUGGUCCUGUGGGAAAUCGUCACCCUAGGAGGAUCCCCUUAUCCGGGUCUAUCGGGCAAGGAGCUGUUCAGAUACCUGAAGGCGGGAUACCGUAUGGAGAAGCCUGAGAACUGCAGGCAGGAAAUCUAUGACAUCAUGUUGGACUGCUGGCAGGAUAAGCCCCAGAGACGCCCUACCUUCACGGAGAUCCGGGAGAGACUAGAGGCGAUCCUGGGGGACGUCCAUCCCUACCUGGAUCUCAACGUAGACUACGACCAGGAGUACUACCAGGGAGAAUCUACAUCAGAUUAUGACAGUUGCAGCGUUGAUGAAUCAGCCAGUAGAGUCAACUCUCCGAGAUCGUCUUCUAUCGAAGCCCACAGUAAUAACGUGGAGUUCGUGCUGUGGGACUCGGGCACCGCCAUCGCCGACCUGCCCAAACCCCGCCGGCUCACCACCCGCCGCAACACCCGCAUCUCCACCGACACCAGCGGCGUCGAGAUGUCUCCUACCAGAGCUCUUCUCCCAACCAUCGGGUCCAGGAGCGACGAGUGUGACGAGAAGUGGAGAAGCGCUCUGGACAUUCGCGACAGCAACUCCUCCGACAUACCGCCCCCGUCUCCCCACCGCUACUACAGCCUGGCCAACAUUAACGCCGGUCUGCCAAAAUCACCCUCAUCGCCUACAAAAGUAUUUGCCUUCACUGAUGACGAGGUUUUUGCCAGAAGAAAGCCCGGGGCCAAAAAGAAGACGAGAAGAAAGAAGCGGCCCAAGCAACCCAGGCGGACAUCGCAGUCCAGAUCAAACGUCCCGGAAGAUUCUGCAGCCACCCAGGUGACAAUUGAGACUGAAGUCCAGGAUGUAGCCACAGCGCCGCCUACCGUUCCAGUAAUAAACAUCACAGGGAGUCCAAACAUCAUCCCCCUGCCUCCUCAAGGGACCAUGAACGUCACGCCGUCAGUGUCGCCGUGCUGCAGCUCGUGUGAGAAGAGCCCCGCCAGGCUGCCCAGACCCACAGGCGUGUGUAACAUCGUCACCGCAACAAGUUCAGAGGUCAUCGGCAGCAUCUAUUCGUUUGACAACUCACGAAGCACUUCGGGGAGCGGGAAUAUAUCAUGAACAUUUUUUCAUUGUGGGUCAGAUUACAUUGUUGAGAGUUCCGGAUAGAUUGAUAAGUGUCUAGCUUGAUAAGUGUCUAGCUACAUCACUGCCACACACGGUAUUUGAUGCCGUAGAAUUUUUAAGCAGGCUGGAACAGACACAAUCACCGAGAAGACUCUAUUAAAGACAGCCUUUUCUUCAGCAAGACAGAAGAAUUUUCCCGGACACGUGCACAACUAUCUCAAGAAUGCCUUCAGUUUGCGACCGUACAAUGUAUGUGACAGGGCCCAAAUCAGUGAAUGUGUAGCAUUAGCAAGGCGACACAGCCUUUGACAGUCGCACCCUGUACCGAACUGAAGCCAACUCCUUGACUGAAUUUGGACGCAUAUCCUGAUGUACAGGUGACGAAUGAAGAUCUGUAGUUGUUCGGUAGGUUCUUGCCGGUCACUUCUUGGAAAUGCGUAGCCAUUGGCUAGUUCACAGGCAAAACACUGAUCCAUACGAACAUGAACCACCAUUCCUGCUCUCCAGGACUCUCGGUCUCCCGCUAUAGGCUCGGCCUCAAUCAGAUCAAAGACCGACUUUCAUGACGUUAGUCUAUAUCAUCCCUCGUCACAUCGUUUACGAUUUCCAAAACGAGAUUUCUCCGUUUGGAUCAUGCAAAUAUAACACUUUCUACGUACUUUUGUACCGACCUAAAUGUACAUUUAUUGCGAGUAACAGGCUCAUUGGGAAAGUGCAAUGUCAUAUCAUAUGUAUGGGUUCUUGGUUUGGGAUUAGUUAAAACGUCAAAGUAUCUGCUUCUGAAAAUCGCCAGUGGAUCGGAGUUUCAUUAUUGCUUGCGAGGAGACCGUUAUGUGUGACUGUGUACAGUUCAGGGAGGGUGGAUAGGAUAGGAGAGUUUAAAACGUCAUUUUCAGCAUUUUUGAUGGCGAGUUUGUCUUGGGAGGAACUAAUGGGUCUUCGGAGAACAAAUCUAGAUUCAGAUUCACUGCGUUAAGGAUUCUUGAAAGUCUUCAAGAAGGAAUUUUUUGUAGGCCACGAUGUAUAUGAAAAAAACGUUAUAUAGACUAGGCAUCAAACGUGGACAGACCAGACCAGUAGAAAUAUGAGUAUCUCAGCCACGAUAACUACGAGACUUGAUUGCGAGAACUGGAACUCAGGAAAAGUGUUGAUGGAUGUUGAAUCUUGAUGCUAAAAUGUGUACGGAGGUUUUGUAUUCGGUGUGUUUGUUUGCUUGUAUAUCCGUACGUAUUUUCAC